AUGUCCGGAACAGAAGAGCCAAAAAAGGAGAGAUUCGCUCCGAAGGAGCCGGUCACUUUGAGCCCUCCCAAGGACGACACUAUCACCCGCGAGCACCUUGCUAAGUGUGACGGCACGAACGAAGGCUAUCCCACGCUAGUUGGCAUCAAGGGCGAUGUCUUCGACGUGAGCGGAAAGGAGACCUACGCGCCCGGCAAAGGUUACCAUGUCUUUGCCGGCAAAGAGCCAAAUCGUGCGCUUGGCAUGUCUUCUCUGAAGCCGGAGGACUGCGUAUCAGACUACUCAACAUUGUCUGAGACAGAAACGAAGACCCUAAAUGACUGGCACACGUUCUUCAGCAAGCGAUACAAUAUUGUUGGACGUCUUACCAACGCUGAGAACGAGUCGCGGAUUUGA